AUGGCUGAGGCAUUGAAUAUCACAAUUGUCGGCGGUGGUAUUGCCGGCCUGACGGCCGCAAUAUCCCUGCGUCGCGCCGGGCACCUGGUAAAAGUAUAUGAACGCUCUGCGCUGAACAACGAAAUUGGCGCCGCGAUACAUGUUCCGCCAAACGCAACCCGUGCGCUGCUUGCAUGGGGUCUUGAUCCCGUCGGAGCGAAGCUGGUCACCGUCAAGUCGAGCUUCCGUGCCCAAGCAGACACUCUGGAAAGGUUCCAUGUAGGGACCACUGAGUCAGCGAUACCGGAGAAGUACGGCGCGCCUUGGUUCUUUGCGCACCGUGUAGAUCUGCACGACGAACUGAAGCGACUGGCGACGGAGUCCAAGGGCGUUGGCACUCCGGUACAGAUAUACCUGAACUCUGAAGUUGUCCAAUAUGAUCCUGAUGCGCCCUCUGUCACCCUUGCGAAUGGUUCUGUGGUAUGCUCGGACGUCGUUAUCGGCGCCGAUGGAGUACACAGUAAAUCAGUCGAAGCUGUAUUGGGCUGUGCCAACAAACCUGUCCCUUCGAAGGAUUUGUACAAUUUCUGCUAUCGAUUUUUGAUCCCGGCAGCGAACAUCGGAGCAGAUCCCGAGACAACCUUCUGGAAUGAAGAUGACGACGGUCGGAUGAAGUUCUUCGUCAGCGAUCUGAAGCGCCUCGUAUCAUACCCAUGCAGAAACAAUGAGGAACACAACUUCGUUGCAAUGUUUCACGAGGAUGAUAUUUCUAAAAUGAAGAAAGAAGACUGGCAAGCCUCAGUAGACAAGUCUAUCCUGUUGGAAAAAUUCUCAAACGUUCAUCCCAAGCUUCGAGCCGUAUUGAACAAGGCCACUGAGGUUAAACAGUGGGCUCUUCUUUACAGAGCACCCAUUCCAACAUGGACAAAGGGUAAAAUGUGUCUCGCAGGCGACGCGGCUCACCCUAUGUUGCCUCACCAAGGACAGGGUGGCGCGCAAGGCAUCGAAGAUGGCGUAGUUCUCGGUAUGGUGUUGUCUGGUGCCUCGCACCAAAACAUCAUGGCAAGAUUGUCACUUUACGAAGCCAUCAGAAGAGACCGCGCCAGUCUACUCCAAGUCUUUAGCAACGCAGGCCAGGAUGAGCCAGAGCUUAUACACAAGGAAGCAUCCCAGUUCAUCCCUCUUGAACAAGUGCCAAAAUCACCCGAGCAGUUCUUCGACUUCAACUUCGGAUAUGAUGUGGUGAGCGACACUUUGAAUGGUCUCAGGAAUCUCGAUGCCUCAUUUGAGCUUCCACCAGGCUUCUUCGAGAGAGCGCCUGGUAAGGGAGUCUACCCCAAGGAAAUCGUCUCUUCGGCACCCACGCCCCAUCAAACGUCAGGGUUUCCUGGCACCAGCGGUCCACACCCUGCCGAAGUUAUCUCCCACCCAUUGCAAGCAGCAGCAGCAGUAUAG